AUGGCCACGUCCAUUACAGAGGCUCAGGCUGAGCUGAUCAACUCCUUGGCUCCCGACGAUAUCCCACACAAGCUGCGAUGCGCCAACUGCAGCAAACUGGCAGUCAACGCCCUCAGGCUGCCCUGCUGCGAACAAGCCAUCUGCGAAACAUGCCAUUCAAAUCUCCCUCAGUCGUGCCCCGUUUGUGAACACUCUCCGUUAUCUGCCGCGGAUUGUAGCCCGAACAAGUCUCUGCGAACUACCAUUAGAGUAUUCUUACGCACGGCGGAGAAGAAGAGAGAGGCGUCCCGAACCAAAGAAUCCAACGAUACCACGCCCAUCACACCGGUUGAUGCGCCGAAGCCAUCGCUGCCCGACGUGGGCGCUCCCGCAGCAGAAACGGCAGAGAAAACGGCAGAGAAAACGGCAGACGCUAGCGGAGAUGUGCCAGUCGAAGAUGCGGCGCCGCAGAGCGCUGAUGAGCUGGCUUCUGGCCAUGAAGAGGACAAGCUGCAGGAGGUGGCAUUAAACGGCAUGGAAGAACCGCCAAAAGAACCAACCGACGUUAUUGAGGCUCAAGAAGCCAAAGAUUGGAUUGUCGAAGGCGACGACACAGCCAAUAAUCAAGAGCAAGAUGCUGCUGAAGGAGGCGAUGAGAACGUUGAACAAGCUGGCGAUGGCCAAGAGCAAUUCAACGAUGCCGCAAAUGGUGGAUUUCAGCAAAAUAUGAUGUUUCCUGGGGGCGGCGACUUCAACCAGAUGCAAAUGAUGAUGGCUAUGCAAAAUGGAAUGGGACAAAACUCAUUUGGCGGGUUUCCUAUGAUGGGCAUGCCGGGGAUGGGCAUGGACCCGAUGAUGCAAAACAUGUACAUGAACGGAGGCUUUCAAGGCAUGGGCAUGAACGGCAUGGGGGGCUUUGAAGGGGGAUUUGGACAAGGCUCCAAUGAUAACUGGAACGGUGCACAAUCAUGGAAUUUCGACCAAAAUAAUUACAAUCAAAAUGGCCAAGGCAUGGGCACUGGUGACUUUGGCAAUUUUAACUCAGGAAUCCAGACAGGCUACAAUCAAGGUAAUUAUGGCCAAUUCAAUGACUAUCGUCGCAACAACUACGGCCGUGGCCGUGGCCGCGGUCGCGGAUUCUAUGGGGGUUAUGGUCGAGGGGGAUACAACCAAUAUGGCGGUGCCAUGACAAAUUAUCAUGACCAAGGCCACUAUUCCCAGUACAACCAAGGACAAGGGGCAGCCGCUUUCCAGAGCCAGGCCGAAGGGGGUGGCAGCGUUGAUGACUCCAAACAAGAUCUUUCCGAGUCUACAUCUCAUGAAAACAUAGGCAAUGAAGCGUCUUCUUCUGGAGGUGCACCGCGCCCAACGAUGAUGGCUCAAGCAGAUGGAUCUAGCGUGCAGAAUCGGAAUGGCGUAGCUGCCAUCCGCUCCAUUCUGACAGCCCCAGAUGCACCAAUCAACGCCCCUAAGGGCCCUAAAGCUAUGCGUCAAGGCCUUCCUAAUACUAGUCUGCUGAAUCUGCGAGCCAGGGGUUUCCAGGUUGAGGAUAGUGGUUUGCCAGUACAAAAGCCUGUUGCCAUUGCAUCACAGCCGCCACAGGCACCGCCGCCAUCGAAUCCAGCUACUCAGCCAGGCUCUAGAAGUAGUACUCCUAAUCUUGACAAAGUACGAGAUCGUGAUGCCCAUCGUGACCGCAGCAAGGAGCGGUCCAAGGAUCACGAUAGGCGUGAGAGAGGAGUGGCGUCUGAAGAGCCCCAUAACGCGCAAGAGAGCGAACGAGACAACAGAGACCGAGUAGAUCGCGAUCGCGGCAAAGAGCCAGAGCGUUUGGGCUCCAGAGCUAGUAGUAGAAGCCGAAGUAUAGAUCGCAGCAGCCGCAGCCCGAGCCGCAGUCGUGGCCAUCGGAGCUCCCACAGGCGGCAACGGCGGCAACGCUCCGAGUCUGUAGACGCAGAUGAUAAAGAUGACUCUUAUCGCCGGAAGAAACACCGGAGCAGUAGAAGACAUUACUACGACGAUGACGGUGACCAGCCGUCUCAGCGGUCCAAGGAUGACAAAGCAGCUGAAAGGUCAAGGUCAGGCUCUCCGGAUGAUGGUAAACGCUCAAGCUAUCGCAGUCGUAAAGACAAGGACAAGGAUCGAGACUAUGAGCGGCGCAAAGACAAAUACCGAGCGGAAGAAGAGGACGACCGCCAGAGAUCGAGCCAUCGCUCUUCCCACCGUGACCGAGGAGAUUAUGAGCACUCCUCCAGACGGUACGAUAAAGAGAGAGAGCGUGACAAGGAUAGCAGCAGCAAUCGGAAAGAAAAGGACCGCAAGGAUCGAUACCGAGACCGUGAUCGUGAACGAGACCGCGGCCGUGAUCGGGACCGCGACCGGGAUCGGGAUCGAGAGUACAGCAGCAGACACGGCAGUAGCAGUAGAAAGCACUCCUUCGAUGGUGCUGCCGCUUCAAGUGGCGGCGAUAAGGGAUUUGAUCCGCCUACGGGUCCGCGUGGAUUCGACAUCAAAGGAGGCUCUCGCAGCACAGGGGCCGCCUCAGCGCCGCAGAAAGAUGCGCACACUCUAGAACGGGAAGCACGAAACCGUGAGCGUCUGCUGAAAGAAGCCCAGCGCAUGGCUGGCCUCGCAGGCAUAGCGGGCUCAAAGCGCAGCCGGGACGAUGCCGAUGAUGGCGGCCGCAAGGGGCGACGCAGCCGGCGGAACGACGUUGUUGAUGGAGACAGCGAAGAACGCAUGCGAAGGCUGGAGGCGGAGAGAGAGGGCGGACGAUGGGGUUAG